AUGGGUAGCAUUACUCAGGGAACAAAGUACAUUAACGAGCCAAUUGCUAUUGUGGGUAGCAGCUGUCGCUUCCCAGGCGAUGCAACCUCCCCAUCAAAGCUUUGGGACCUCCUCAAGAACCCUAGAGAUGUUGUCUCCGAGAUUCCUUCCUCCCGGUUUAACACAACCGGUUUCUAUCAUGCUGAUAGUCAGCAUCAUGGCAGCUCUAACGUUCGACAUGCAUACCUUUUGGACCAAGACCCCAGAGCCUUUGAUAGAGAGUUCUUUGGCAUCAGCCCAAAAGAAGCUCAAUCCAUGGAUCCGCAACAGCGCAUGCUGCUUGAAACAGUGUAUGAGGGUAUAGAGUCUGCUGGUUACUCGAUGCAACAGCUACGCGGAUCCAAUACAGCUGUCUUUGUCGGUGUUAUGUUCCUCGACUAUCAGCUCAUCUCCGCGCGGGGCCUUGACAGUCUACCACAGUAUCAUGCUACCGGUGUUGCCAUGUCUAUCUUGGCAAACCGACUAUCUUACUUCUACGACUGGAAGGGACCGUCUGUGGGUAUUGAUACAGCAUGUUCCUCGAGUUUGGUGGCGUUGCACUACGCCGUGCAGACUCUGAGAAGUGGUGAAGCCAAGGUGGCUGUUGCAGCGGGAUCGAACCUGAUCUUGGUGCCAGACCUGUUUGUGUCAGAGUCAAGUCUCAACAUGCUAUCUCCCAAUGGACGCUCCUAUAUGUGGGAUAAGGAUGCCGAUGGAUACACCCGUGGAGAAGGAACGUCCGCUGUCAUUCUCAAGACGCUGAAUCAGGCCAUUUCUGACGGCGACCACAUUGAAUGCAUUAUUCGAGAGACAGGCGUCAACCAAGACGGCCAAACUCCAGGUAUAACUAUGCCAAGCCCAACGGCGCAAGCAGAGCUCAUCAGGUCCACAUAUGCCAAAGCAGGUCUUGAUCUGAGCCUCGAAUCCGAUCGACCACAGUACUUUGAAGCCCACGGGACUGGAACACAGGCCGGUGACCCAAGGGAAGCUGAAGCAAUCUCGACAGUCUUCUUUCCCAAAGGUUCCAUUUACGACCGCAAACUCACAGUUGGCUCUGUCAAGACCCUGAUCGGACAUCUCGAGGGUAGUGCAGGCCUCGCUGGUGUCUUGAAGACAUCACAAGCUCUUCAGCAUGGCCAGAUCCCCGCAAAUCUACACUUUAAGACCUUGAAUCCCAAGAUUGAGCCUUUCUAUGCAAAUCUGCAAGUCCCGACUGAAACACAGCCAUGGCCAGUUCUACCCAACAGCUGGACUCGCCGUGCUAGUGUGAACAGCUUCGGCUUUGGGGGAACAAAUGCGCACGCUAUGCUGGAGGCCUGGGACAGCAAAAGACAGGAGUCCGGCAGUCAUUCUAAGAGUGAAGGAGGCCUAUUUGUGUUAUCUGCAAACUCAGCGCACUCUCUGGCUUCGAGGGCAUCGCAGCUUUGUCACUACUUGGAAGGCAACCCCGAGACAGACCUUCGGUGUCUGUCAUACACCCUUUUCCAUCGCGCCAACUUCAGCUUUCGCGCGGCCUUCUCCGCGACAAAUCCCUCGCACCACGAGCAUCGCGGACAAAUCCCACCACGCAUCCUUGGUGUCUUCACAGGCCAGGGCGCUCAGUGGGCAACUAUGGGGGUGAAACUCUUUGAAUCGUCGAAUGUCUUCCGCAGCGCUUUCUCACGUAUGCAAGACAGUCUUGACAACCUGGCUGUCAAAGACGGACGUCCAUCGUGGUCUCUUAUUGAAGAACUCCGUGCUUCCCCUUCAACUUCACGAAUAGGUGAAGCAGCUAUCUCGCAGCCUAUAUGUACAGCUGUGCAAGUGGCCCUUGUCGACAUGCUGCGUGCGGCUGGAGUACAGUUCUCGGGCGUUGUUGGCCAUUCAUCCGGUGAAAAUGCUGCUGCUUAUACGGCUGGUUACCUUGAUGCGCACGACGCUAUUCGCAUUGCGUACUUCCGCGGAGUCCGCUCCAAGAAAGCUCAAGGACCUGAUGGAUGUAGCGGCAAGAUGAUGGCAGUAGGCAUGUCGAUUGAUCAAGCUGCUGGCUUCUGCGCGGAGUCGAGGGGAACGAUAAAGAUUGCUGCCAGCAACUCGGCUCGCAGUUGCACUCUUGCAGGAGACGCUUCAGCUAUUGACUCCGCCAAAGAAAAGCUCGACGCUGAUGGCACAUUUGCGAGAGUCUUGCAGGUCGAUACGGCCUACCACUCACAUCACAUGCAGCCAGUCGCCCAGCCAUACCUCGACUCGCUUCAAACGUGCAGCAUCAAGAUUAACAAAAAGCCUGGAAACAAUGUUGUCUGGUAUUCGAACGUCUGGGGGUCCAACGGACGCAGCCGAUCGUUUACUGGCAAGGACGCUGAGUCUCUGAAGGGCCAAUACUGGGUUGACAACAUGACCAACACUGUGCUUUUUAGCCAAGCUAUCCAGAGGGCUAUCAAUGAAAGCCAUGUGUUUGACUUUGCACUUGAGGUUGGACCUCACCCUGCUUUAAAAGGCCCUACAACUGAGACCAUCAACAACAUUACGGGCAUUGGCCUCCCAUACUCCGGUGUGCUUAAGCGCGGUCAGCACGACAUGGAAUCUUUCUUUGACGCUUUGGGGCUCUUGUGGAAAACAUUUCCUCUCCACAGUGGACGGUCCAUCGUCAACUUUGACGGCAUUGAGCGAGCCUUUGCUCGCGAUGGAAAGGGUAACAGGCUAGGUCUUCUGAAGGACGUACCAUCGUAUCCGUUCGACCAUGAUACUGUAUACUGGAAAGAAUCUCGUCAAUCCGCGAUUGUCCGUACGCAGACCCAGAAGCGCCAUCAGCUCCUGGGUACUUCCUCUACUUUUGGUAGCGGGAAGCAGCGUGAGAUUCACUGGAAACAGGUCCUGCGUCUUGAAGAGAUUCCCUGGCUGUUUGGACACACUAUUCAAGGAGAGUACUUAUUCCCAGCAACGUGCUAUGUUACAAUGGCUUAUGAGGCAGCCGUUAGACUUGUCUCUCCAGCGCAGGAGAUUCAACUUGUCGAGCUACACGACAUCCACGUCUUUCGUGCUCUGAGCCUCAAAGCUGACUCUCCUGGAACUGAAAUUCUCUUUGCGGUACGCAUUACAAGCCAAUCAGACAAUGCGAUCACGGCAAGUUGGUCUUGUUACAGCAACCCGGUUGAUUUUGAACAUGGCCAGAAUCUUGGAAAUAUGCCAGCUCAAGCCGAUUCUCACGUUGAAGGCUUCUUGCGUGUUGAGCUUGGUGCUCCCAGAGAUGAUGUCCUGCCUCCCAGACUGGAGCCAAUUCUGCCGCUGAUUCCACUUGACGUCGAAGAACUCUAUGGUACACUGGCCGGCUUGGGUCAUGGCUAUACGGAGCAUUUCCAGACACCUAAAAUGCUUCGCCGUUUGCACCAUGCUGUUGUUAGUAUGCCUCCAGGGUGGCAUGAAGCAAACUCCUUGACUCGUUCUGACGUCAACCCCGCGGCCUUGGAUACAGGUAUCCAUGGGCUGUUGGCUGGUUACUCAUGCCCAGGAGACAGACGGCAACGGUCAACUUACCUCCCAAGUCGUAUUGACAGCAUUCGGAUUAGUAUGGUCUUUGCUAUUGUAGGUGAAGAUGGCCCUGCAGAACUGCUGGCAGAUUCCUUCGUCACGCACGGCGAUGCUAGCCGCAUCAGCGGUGAUAUCGAUGUAUUCAACCCGGAGAACAGCAAGACACAUGUUCAGAUUCGCGGGGUGCACUUAUUAAAUCUGCCUGGUUCUCGCAGAUCAAGACGAGAAACUUAUCAUCAAGAUAUCUGGGAACGCGACGCUUUGUGUGGCAUUGAACCUGAUCGGAGGUCAAUCAUCUCAGACGAUAGGGCUAAAAUCAGCAUUUUGGCCAUGCGCUUAGUUCUAUUCUAUUGUCAAAAGGUUCUGAAACAGCUCAAGCCAUUUGAGAUCAUGCUCAUGGGAAAAGCCCGCAAGAACUUUUUGGCAUGGGUACAGGAGGUUCUUAUUCCCAGUGUCAAGACUGGUGAGCAUGAGGCCAACAAGGAGUGGCUUGAUGACAGCGAAGAAGUGUUGAACCAAGAGGUUGAGAGGCUCAAGGCCGUGAACUCAGCCGACGUCAUGCUCUUGGAGCGUCUUGGACGUAAUCUCGCAUCUAUUACCCGUGGUCUCACUGCAGGUAUCAAAGUAGCAGAGCAAGAAAACGCGCUUGAAAGAUUUUACGCUGACAGCUUUGGCUUCCAAGAAAUCAUCGUUGAUGCAGCUAGCCUUUUCACAGAUCUGCCAUCGUUACCCAGCUAUGAAGAUGAUCGAAUUACCAAUACUCUUGAGCCUUCUGAUCAUGACUCGAAGCUGAUCUUCAAGCUUCUUGAUAUUGACAAGGACCCGGUUCAGCAAGGGUUUGUUGAAGGAUCAUACGACUUGGUGAUCGCCACAAGUUCAUACUCUACCAAAGUCAGCCAAGAAACAGUCAUCAAUGCGAGAAAGCUGCUCCGUCCGGGCGGAUUUCUGAUCCUGGUAGCUCUGACCAACGACUAUCUUCCUGUUCGCUUCGUUCAGUCCCUGCUUCCAAGAUCUUGGCUGGAGAAGGACGAUUCACAGCCCCAGAUCAUCAAGGUCUCCGACUGCGAUGAUCUGCUGAAGAUGAAUGGAUUCUCGGGUGUUGAUGUCAUCUACACACAGCACUUUUGCAGUGUUGUGCUCUCACAAGCUGUUGACGAUGUUGUUCUUGCUGUGCGGGAUCCAAUUGCUGCGACACAGAAGAUCGAUACAGAGGUCUUGCUGGUUCUAGAUCCGUCGCCUGGCAUAUUUGUUGGAAACCUGGCUUCUCAGCUAGAAGACAGGCUUGCCUCAUACACUACAGUGCGGAGGGUCUCGGGCCUCGAAAACAUCAAUGUCCCCCCAGAAGCCAUUAUUCUGAAUCUCUGUGAUCUCGAUACCCCAGUUUUCCAUCAGAUGAGCGAGUUACGCUUCAAGGGUCUGCAAGAGAUAAUGCGUCAAGCUAGCGUUCUCCUCUGGGUUACCCAAGGUGCUCGAGGUGGAGCUAAGCCCGAGAAUACUAUGGUACUUGGAUGGGGACGAUCUGUUCGCCUAGAGCGGUCUACUAUGAAGCUUCAAGUCUUGGACAUUGAGCAGGAAUCACAGAUUGUAGAUCCUGAUAUUAUUUGCAAGCUAUUGCUCAAUCUUUGCAGUGGUAGCUCAGAUAACCAGGAAAUUCUCUUCACACUGGAGCCAGAGUUGAUGCUGAGAGACAACGCAAUUUACAUUCCAAGAAUCUGGCCAGUUGACAGCCUUAACGAGCUCGCUGAUACGAGAUACAAAGAAGUAUACGUGGAAACUUCUUCGACGAGUCCUUUUACGGCGCUCGAUGAACGUGGGACACUUACGAUUGAACGGCCUUAUGGACAUUCUCAAGCAAAGAAUCUGGAAGUUCUAGCAUCAUCUGUGCAUGGCUUCCGUUUCCGAGGUGAAGGGAAUCUAAGGCAGCUCUCUAUCUCCAGGAAUGUUGAAGGCGAGGCAUCACUUAUACUCUCAGACAAGGACUCGUUUGAGAUUCUCUGGCAAUUCGAUAAAGAGAAUGGAGGCGUCGGGUACCAUCACCAGCUUCAAUGCCUGAUAACGUCGGCACUUGCAGAGGCUACUCUUCAUAAGUUUUCGGGUCACGUUUGGAUUCAUGGUGCCCCUGCUUGGCUGACAAAAGAGCUGGACCUUGCGGCCUCGCGACGUGGUGAUAUCCAGUUGUUCAACACAACGUCUGAUCGCGAGUUAGUGAAGGGGAACUCCAAGUUCCUCCAUCCUUUCACUACCAAGCAUGACCUUAAUCUGAUAAAACCGAAAGACAUUGUGGCAUUCGUUUGCUUGGAAGAUUCGCAACAAGGUCAUAGCUUGGUCGACUUGGUUCGCUACAACUGGCCCAGCAUCCGCAUUGAGCUGCCCGUUUUAUCAUUGAACAGUUUCGAUGGAGUUGUCUUCAACGGGCUCAGCAAGGUCAUGUUUGUUGACCUGGUGAAGUGGUAUCUCAGCAAUGGCACUCUUGUGUCUGAGGCUUCAGUAGAAGGAGCCGUUAUCCCCAUUGAACAUAUCUCCAAGAUGUCCGCAUCAUCCAUCUUGCCAACAAGCGUCCUUGACAGAACUACAACGACAACCAUGACAGCCAAGCUUCUUGCACCAAAUCACGAUGGUAUUUUCUCCAGUGAGAAGAACUAUCUUCUGCUCGGCCUCGCCGGUGACUUUGGUAUCUCCAUUGCAUUGUGGAUGUUUGAUAGCGGAGCUCGCCAUGUUGUGUUGGCAUCUCGUAACCCUGUUACUCUCCAACCAGUGGUAGAUCAUGUUGCCGCAACUCAUGGUGCUGCUUUACGCUUCAUGGCUAUUGAUAUCUGCGAUGAGGUUUCACUAUCGGCUGCGUGGGCCGAGAUUCAUUCAUCGAUGCCCCCUAUAGCCGGUAUCAUGAACGGCGCGAUGCUUAUGAGAGAUCAACUGUUUGCAGAUCAGCCGUGGUCGGACUUUUCAGCUGUCAUGGGUCCCAAGGUCAGAGGAACGCAGAACCUUGUUGCACUCCUUGACCGAGAAGCCAAACCAGAGCACCUAGACUUCGUUGUGUUCUUUUCUUCUGCAGUUGCGGUCGCUGGAAAUGCCGGCCAGACUGCAUAUGGCUCAUCGAAUUGGUUUAUGCAAGGCACAGCCAGCAACAUGCGACAACGUGGUUACCCCGGCUGUGUUGUCCACAUCGGAGGUGUCAGCGGACUAGGCUAUGUCCAACGACAUGAGAAACGCAAGAUGCUUGAAGAUUCACUGUAUUGGCUUAUGGCUCCUGUCAGUGAGACGGAUCUGCACGAUAUGUUGGCUGAGGUUAUCGCGGGCGACCGGCAUGAUCUCAUUACUGGUAUUCGUGGUGAUAUCCGGACCUACUCUUGGCGAGAACAACCGCGCUUAUGGCAUUACCUCCAGGCCGAAGACGAGAAUGAUGAUGAUACGGCCAAGGAAGGCAGUAAUGCACCUCUCAAAGUCCAGCUUGCUUCAUCUGUCGCUGAUGCAGAUGUUUGUCUCGAACUACUCCUUGGUGGCUUUACGUCGGCAUUAUGUGGAAUGCUUCAUAUGAAGCCAGAGGAACUUGACACCAAUGUCCCUGUUGCUAGCAUUGGUAUUGAUUCACUUGUGGCUGUCAGGGUGAGAGAGUGGUUUAUGCAGCAGGUUGGCGUGGAGGUAUCUGUUUUGAAGGUCAUGUCUUUAAAUACUCCUUUACUUGCUCUAUGUAAAGGCUUAAGAUAG